AUGUCUGUACAUAGUAGAAACGAGCCUCACGAUUGCGGAGACGGAGACGGAGACCAAGCCCGUUCCAUCCAGAUUUCGAAAUCUUCGAACGGCGAUAUUAUAUUUACCUCCGAGUUCUACGCCAUAGGCGCGCUCUUCGCCGUUUAUGGUGUGACCGUCUUACUGUGCUCUAUCUACCGUCGUUAUCAGGGUAACACGCAGUUCUUCAGCGAGGCCGGCAACAACGGCGAGGUAACCAACAAAUUCCGCACCAGCGGUAACAGCGUCCUGCUUCUCACCUGUCUAAGUAUCGGGGCUUAUAUCGGCCUCAUGGUUCUAACCUGGCAACUGGAAGCGUGA